CUAAGUUCUGCCCUCUAAGCUGACCUUCAUGCUAAAUUAAAACCUAAUCUGCCAACCUCAAACCACCCUCUCUCUAUUCUUUAAAAAUAAGCACUACGCAUGAAUUUUCCAUUAAUUGACAGUUUAAUUAAGAAAAGAACCAUAAUAUUGGAUGCCUGCAACAGCAUGGCCAACCCUUUGUGCUAUUUUUUCUUCAUCUCCAUUUUACUUCUCUUUGCAAAUGCGAAAACACAGUACCACCAUUUUGUUAUUCAAGCAACACCAGUAAAGAGGCUGUGCAAGACCCAUAACACUAUAACAGUGAAUGGACAAUUCCCUGGACCAACAUUGGAAGUGAAUAAUGGCGAUACUUUAGUCAUCAACGUGGUCAACAGAGCUCGAUACAAUGUCACCAUUCACUGGCAUGGAGUUAAGCAAAUAAGAACAGCAUGGGCAGAUGGACCAGAAUUUAUAACACAAUGCCCAAUUAGACCAGGAGGGAGUUACACUUACCGCUUUACAAUUCAAGAACAGGAAGGCACACUUUGGUGGCACGCCCACAGCUCAUGGCUCAGGGCCACUGUUUACGGAGCUUUAAUAAUCCACCCAAAAGAAGGAGAAUUCUACCCAUUUCCUAACCCAAGAAGAGAGACACCCAUUCUGCUAGGUGAGUGGUGGGAUGCAAACCCUAUUGAUGUUGUAAGACAGGCCACACGAACGGGUGCAGCGCCUAAUGUAUCAGAUGCAUACACCAUCAAUGGUCAACCAGGUGACCUCUACAGGUGUUCAAGUAAAGAUACUACCAUAGUGCUUGUGGACUCUGGUGAGACCAGCCUUCUUCGAGUUAUCAACGCUGCACUAAAUCAGCAGCUUUUCUUCACUGUGGCCAACCACAAGUUAACUGUUGUUGGAGCAGACGCCUCUUAUGUUCAACCCUUCACCACAUCAGUGCUUAUGUUAGGUCCAGGCCAAACUACUGAUGUCCUUAUCACUGGUAACCAGCCACCAGCCAGAUACUACAUGGCAGCACAAGCUUACGCAAGUGCUCAAGGUGCACCUUUUGACAACACUACUACCACUGCUAUCCUUGAGUACAAGAAUACUCCUUGCGCUGUUCAGGGGAUCAAGAUCAAUCCAAUUUUUCCAUCUUUACCACCAUUUAACGACACUGCCACAGCCACUGCAUUCACAACAAGUUUCAGAAGUCCAAGCAAGGUCGAGUUGCCCACUGAAAUCGAUGAGAACUUGUUCAUUACAGUUGGGCUGGGACUCAAAAAUUGCCCGAAAGGUGCAAGCUCCAGCAGUUGUCAAGGUCCAAAUGGAACUCGAUUCGCUGCCAGUAUGAACAAUGUGUCUUUUGUGCUACCGCCCAACUUCUCCAUUCUGCAAGCACAUCAACAAGGCAUACCUGGAAUUUUUUCAACUGAUUUCCCAGCAGUCCCACUUGUGAAAUUUGAUUAUACGGGUAAUGUCAGCCAAUCACUGUGGCAACCAGUUCCAGGAACUAAGGUUUACAAGCUAAAAUAUGGGGCAAAAGUGCAAGUUGUAUUACAGGGAACAAGCAUUGUCACAGGUGAAAACCACCCAAUCCAUCUUCAUGGAUAUGAUUUUUACAUCAUUGCUGAGGGCUUUGGGAACUUUAAUCCUCAAACUGAUACAGCUAAAUUCAAUCUUGUUGACCCACCUCGUAGAAACACGGCAAGUUUACCUGUCAAUGGAUGGUCAGUCAUCCGAUUUGUUGCUGACAACCCAGGAGUCUGGUUAAUGCACUGCCACUUGGAUGUUCAUAUAACUUGGGGUUUGGCCAUGUCUUUCCUGGUGGAAAAUGGAGUUAGUGAAUUGGAAUCAUUGGAAGAUCCUCCAGUCGAUUUGCCUGUCUGUUGAAAAACACAACAAUUAAUUGCAUCAAAUGUUCAUAAGUCAUACUAAAAGAGGCCCCUUUUCCCCCAUUCCCCAAACAAGCAUUUGGGGGCUAGCUAGUUCGUUUCUUUCUCCAAUUCUUUCCUUCCAAUUAUAUUCCCUCAUUGCUAGGAGUAAUUUUUUUAUGGAUCACUGGGUAAAGAUGGUGCUACUAAAUCAAUGCACCAUCGUCUAUGGUAUAAUUAAUCCCAGCUUUUUAGAGCAGUUGUACUCUUCUUAUUGUAAAGAAUUUAUUUGAUUUUUAAAUAAUUUUAG